AUGGUGGAGGCUGGAUUUAAGGGACGCGACGUGGUCCUGGAAGUGGGCCUUGAUGAAAAGCCUCAGUUGAAUGAAUCUCUGCUGUUCCAACUAGAUGGAAAAGCCUCGUACUUUGUGGUUAAACACAUUGAAAUAAAGAACUUGGGAAUAAAAAUCUUUUUUUCUCUCAUCUCAGAAUUAUUUGUCAAAGAGAAUCACGAAUUAAGAAUAGCAGGAGGAGCAGUGAGGGAUUUGUUAAAUGGAGUAAAGCCUCAGGAUGUAGAUUUUGCCACUACUGCUACCCCUACUCAAAUGAAGGAGAUGUUUCAGUCGGCUGGGAUUCGGAUGAUAAACAACAAAGGAGAAAAGCACGGAACAAUUACUGCCAGGCUUCAUGAAGAAAAUUUUGAGAUUACUACACUACGGAUUGAUGUCACCACUGAUGGAAGACAUGCUGAGGUAGAAUUUACAACUGACUGGCAGAAAGAUGCGGAACGCAGAGAUCUCACUAUAAAUUCUAUGUUUUUAGGUUUCGAUGGCACUUUAUUUGACUACUUUGAUGGUUAUGAAGAUUUAAAAAAUAAGAAAGUUAGAUUUGUUGGACAUGCUAAACAGAGAAUACAAGAGGAUUAUCUUAGAAUUUUAAGAUACUUCAGGUUUUAUGGGAGAAUUGUAGACAAACCUGGUGACCACGAUGCUGAGACUUUGGAAGCAAUUGCAGAAAAUGCAAAAGGCUUGGCUGGAAUAUCAGGAGAAAGGAUUUGGGUGGAACUGAAAAAAAUUCUUGUUGGUAACCAUGUAAAUCAUUUGAUUCACCUUAUCUAUGAUCUUGAUGUGGCUCCUUAUAUAGGUUUACCUGCUAAUGCAAGUCUAGAAGAAUUUGACAAAGUCAGUAAAAAUGUUGAAGGUUUUUCACCAAAGCCAAUGACUCUUUUGGCCUCAUUAUUCAAAGUACAAGAUGAUGUCACAAAAUUGGAUUUGAGGUUGAAGAUCGCAAAAGAAGAGAAAAACCUUGGCUUAUUUAUAGUUAAAAAUAGGAAAGAUUUAAUUAAAGCAACAGAUAGUUCAGACCCGUUGAAACCCUAUCAAGACUUCAUUAUAGAUUCUAGGGAACCUGAUGCAACUACUCGUGUAUGUGAACUACUGAAGUACCAAGGAGAGCACUGUCUCCUAAAGGAAAUGCAGCAGUGGUCCAUUCCUCCAUUUCCUGUAAGUGGCCAUGACAUCAGAAAAGUGGGCAUUUCUUCAGGAAAAGAAAUUGGGGCUCUAUUACAACAGUUGCGAGAACAGUGGAAAAAAAGUGGUUACCAAAUGGAAAAAGAUGAACUUCUGAGUUACAUAAAAAGACCUAAAACUGAUGGCUACUAAAAAGCAGAGCAUUUCUGGUAAGAUAAAUUUUCUCCCCUCUCUCUUAAUGAGGUUUUAGAAACUACAUCAUAAUAAAAGACAGUUUAGGGGACCUCUGUAGAACAACAAGGGUCUUAUUUUGUGAAAUAUAUUUCAAGAACUAAACUGAGAUCCACCUUUCUUGAUCCGAUUUAUAUCACUGAAAUGUACAGUUCUUUUGGAAUAGUUUCCAUAGUUGGCUAUCAUCUUAACCUGUUCAGGCUUUUUUAAAAAAUUGUUUUUGCAUAGGGUAGUACUAAGAUCUUAAAAAGUAGUAACUGUCUUGAAGAAAAAAUGUUUAUUGUUUGCAAUUGAAAUAACUGGGUUACCUUGAACAAUGACUAUCUAUGAUGUGUCAGUUCUUAUCUGAAUUCCAAAAGAAACUUGGGCUUAAAAAGGAAAUAACUGACAAGUCUGCAUAAAAUAUGAAUACUAAAUGUGUCCCCAGUUGCUGGCAUUCAUACGUACAGGAUUUGUUCUAGCAAGUUAUGCUUUAGUAUGUGGUUGAUAUUUUCCUGUCACAAUGAUUUCUUUAUGCUGCAGGGCCUGGGACAGUCAUGGGAUUAACUUGAGGGUUACUCUUGAGCCUAUUAUUUUAAUAAAACAUUGGUAUUGGAAGAUAAAUGUGUUUAUGUGGUAUCUGACAAUGUAUAUCAGGUGUCAUAUACAGUGGUAAUAUGCCUCUCUUUAAAGUAAAUGUUAUUUUAUUAAUUAAAAGGAUAUGGUUUACAUUCUUACAUAUUUGUUCUCUAAAGAUUUGAGUCCUAAAUGCUUUCAUUAGGUAAAUAAAAUGUAUAA